AUGGGACAGAAUCGCUUUAAAAUGGAAAGACAGGCUCGUGAAACUCUGUUCCUCAAUAGACAGGGCCUGCGAGAAGUUUUGCAAGAACGCCUUGGAUCCAGAGUAAACUGCAAGGUAUGGGGUUGGGAACAGACCGGCAAACGAGCCAACGUUGACAAUCAGACCCUUAGCGGCCUGCUUGGACUUGACGGUUCUGUCGAUCAAUGGGAUGGUCAGCUUGGUCAUUUUGACCAGGAACGCGUUAUUGAUGGUGAGGAUGUUUUCGAGCUCGUCGUCUGGCGUUUCCUCGAGCAAAACAGGACCCGCGUGCGACCGACCAACGUUGUUGAUCAGAACAGACACAGGCAGCUCCUCAAUCGCCUUGUACAGAGAAGCGUACAGCUCUGGGGUGUUUUUGGAGCAGUCGGCAGCAACAACUCUGGUCUGCACUUUGUACUUGGACUCGAUCUCGGUGGCGAUCUCCUCGAGUUUGGCCUGGGUUCUCGACACAAGCACCACGUUCAGGCCUCUAGAUGCAAGCUGUUUGGCAAACUCUUGGCCAAUUCCCUCGGAAGCUCCCGUGAUAACGGCCCACGCACCUUUCUUGGCUCCAAACUUGCUGUAGUCGACCGGAGGAAGGAGGAACAAGUUGACAAUCAACGACAAAAAGCCGUAGAUUUUUGCCGAGAUCUUGAGAACACCAACGGCAGUGGCCGCGUAAAGCAAGCCGGUAAGCAAUUUGCAGUUGAAUGA